GGGAGGCGUUGUUGUGGUAACGGCGGACAGGCCAUGAAGCGGGACUUUGGUUCGGCGGCGGCGGCGGGGACCGAGCUGGUGCUCGCUACCUCGGGCGACGAGAAACACCCACCGGAGAACAUUGUGGAUGGGAAUACAGAAACAUUUUGGAUCACAACAGGAAUGUUCCCACAAGAAUUUAUUUUACGUUUUCCUGAGCUCAUAAAAAUAAGUUGUGUGAAAAUUCACUGUUAUAAUGGUAAAAUGGUAAUAAUUGCUUCCUUCCAUGAUGGGAGAGCCCUGCCCUCUUUAAGGGUCCAGUUAAAGCAAGACAGGAGCAGAGGUGUUAGCUCUUUCUUAAAGGCCUUGUACCAUUCUGGUGCAAACCCAUCGCUGCCUGGUGAUUUACUAGACUUAAGUCUACUGAUUCCAGCUCCUUAACCGUAAAAUGUGACGUAAUGGUAUUAUUUUGUAUCUCACCAAUGGAUGGCAGGUCGAGUGAGUUAAGAAAACUUCUCAUUGUCCUUUCGUCAGUUGAUGGUGGUUUGGAAUAGAGUUUCUUAUAGUACUCUUCAAAUAUUCUUUCUAUCUCAUCUGGCUCAUGUGAUAAUUGAUUGGUUUUAGGAUCUUUUAUUUUCUGAAUUGUAUUAGAGGUCUGCUGUUUGCACAGGCGUCUGGCCAGGAGUCGAGUUGUUUUUGGACCUGCUUCAUAAUAGGUCUGCUUUACAAGUCUUGCCCUUUUUUCGAUAUCUCCCCUGAGGGUCUCAUCUAUCACCCCCCUUAUUUCCUUAAUCUGUUUUAGUACCAAUUGAUCCUGUGUGUUUUUAUGUUUUUUCUCCAAUUCUUUAAAUUUUUUUACUUUAUGUUCAUAUGUAGCUAGCGGGGCCUUUUUUUGUGAUGAUGUCAGGGCGAUCAGCUUUCCACAUAUAACUGUCUUCAUAGCAUCCCACAGUUUACAGGAUCCACAUCCCCAUUAUCAUUCUCUUCUAUGUACCUUUUUAUCUCUUCCCUUAUUUGUUCCACAUUUGCCUUACCAUUCAAAAUAUCCACACUGAGCCUCCAAACAGUAUUUAUUUUUCUACUAUUCAGGUGUACUGUCAAGCUGAUCGCACUGUGAUCAGAUAUAUCUGCAACCCCAAUAUUACACUGUGAUCCUGUGACUUUCACCCGUAUUCAUUAAAAAGUAGACAAUCCUGGAGUAGACUGAGUGAGGUACUGAAUAGUGUGUGUAGUCCCUUUCUAAAGGGUGAAGUUCUCUCCAAACAUCAAUUAGGCCCAUUUCCUGCACUGAUGUGUUAAUAAACUUGGUCAGAUGCAUCUUAGGUUUUUUUUAGGCUUGUUGUAUCCAAAUUAUGAUUCAUGACCACAUUGAAGUCCCCUCCAAUACCUUCAGUCUCUAAAGCAAUAAUGUCAAACAGAGGUUUGAAAAAACAUUUGGUACUCUCUGGGGGGGGCAUAUACAUUGAUCAGUGUCACUACUUUGUUUUCCAGCUUUCCUUUAAAUAAUACAUACCUUCCCUCCUUGUCCCUUCUUUAUGACAUUCAAAUUGGACUGCAUUUGUGAUAAGGAUAGCCACUCCCCUCUUUUGGCUAGUUUUGUAGGAACUAUAAAAUGCCUUUCUAAAAGCGUUUAAUUUAUCAUAUUCUUGUUGAGGCAUGUGGGCUUCUUGUAAAAAUAGUACCUGAGCCUUUUUUUUCAGUUAAGCCAGGACCUUGCUCCUUUUAACUGGAUUAUUCAUCCUAUUUACAUUGAGUGACACCAAUUUAAUAGUAUUAUGUGACAUUUAAUUUACCUAAUCCUGUAUUGCAUUCAUAAAUCUCCAGAUAACUCGGAACUGUGCAGGUCUGAACACCUGGACAACAUGUGCCAAAUAAAGAAAAUGAAAAAAAAAGGGGAAACAGUUAACUUCCAAGUAAUGGUGAUUCUUUGCCACCCUGAGUCCCCGUUGGCAGGUAGAGGGGAAAACCUCCUCCCAGAGGGCCCCUCUUGAAACACUCCAUUUCACGCAUCCUAGUAUCGUCCAACGUCAUCCGAUAGCACUUAUUUUCCAGUCCAAAAGAAGUGAUGACACAAUAAAAGCUAGUUGGAUGGGGUCUGUUCAGACUUCUGUAGUCGCUCUCUUGCUGUCUCACUCCCGUCUUCGCUCCUCUUUCCAACUCUCUGCCAAAUCAUAGCCUGGAGAAGACGCUCCAUCUCUGGGUCCGCCGGCUCCUCAGCACUUUAAUCUGUUGUCUCCACGGAGUAGCCUCUCCUCCUCAGCUCAUGCGCAACGUCUUGUGCACUAUGAUAUGUGCAUGUUCCUGAGUCCCAGUGAAUGCGCAUCUUGUCCAGCGGGGUCUGAAAGCGGACACCUCUCUCCUUCAGGGCCCUCUUUAUUCCCUUAUAUGCCUUGCGCUUCUGGCCAACCAUCGUUGCAUAGUCGUGGUCAAAUGAUAGACGUCGCCCGUCAAUCUUUAUCUUCUUUCCCCAGGCCUUUUCCAACACCAUUUCUUUGGUAUUAAACUGCAGGAAAUUUACCACUAUAGACCUAGGUGGUGCAUUGUGUUCCAGUAUGCGAGCCAAAACUCUGUGCGCGUGCUGGAUCCGUAUGUUGGUGUCCGUUGUUAUUGCGAGUUCAGUUUUUUCAAAAUUGCUCCACAAAUUCAGACAUGGAUUUGCCUUCUCUCUCUUCGGGUACGCUAUAGUUGCGAAUGUUAUAUCGUCUAGACCGUCCUUCCAAAUCAGUCAGUUUUUCUUGCAUGACUUUAUGUUUUUUCAUAGAUUUAAUCAGCACAUUUUUCAUCACCAUGCCAAUUGUCUCAGCCACUUCGAUUCGUGCCUCUGCUUUGUUUAGUCUAGUUUCGUGGGCAUUGAUUUGUUUGGAGUUAGCAGGAAGUUUAUGGUAAAUUUCUUG